CCGCAGCCGAGGCGCAGCUCGACCGCCGGCGGAGCAUGCUGUCGCCGGCCAUGAAGUCCGUCUUCGUCACCGUGGGCACUACCAGUUUCGACGAGCUGAUCGCGGCCGUUUCCUCCCCUGCGGCCGAGGAGGUGCUGCGGAGCCGCGGCUGCCGACAGCUGGUGCUGCAGAUCGGGCGGGGCGCGCUGGAGCCCGCCCCUCAGCACGGCCCGGCCUUCGUGCGGGAAGUGUUCCGCUUCAAGGAGUCGCUGGCUGAAGACCUGCGGAGCGCCGACCUGGUCAUAAGCCACGCAGGUGCAGGUAGCUGUUUGGAGACUCUAGAGGAAGGAAAGCCGCUGCUUGUGGUGAUAAAUGAGAAGCUGAUGGACAAUCAUCAGCUGGAGCUGGCACGUCAGCUCCACAAAGAUGGACACGUCCUCUAUUGUAACUGCAGCACACUUGUGGAGACACUGCAGUCAAUGGACUUGUCAACUUUGAAACCUUUUCCUCCUGGACAACCAGAAAAGUUUGCUUUGUUUUUGGAUAAACAGGGGGCGGGCGGCAGCAGCGGCCCCCGCACGGAGCCGGGCACGAGAUCCCCGCGCUCGAGGCGGGCCCGACAGCGGGAGCGGCCGCACCUGGGCGCGCCGAGCGUCGACCCUCAUUGGCGGCCGUCGCCGCCCUCCCCAGUGCUAUGCGAGGAGCCUCGGCCCCGCCGCCUUCCCGGCACGAUGCAGAAGGGCUGGAAGAAGUACUUCGGGCAGAAGUCGCUCAGCGAGGUGACUAUGGACGAGUACCUGGGCAGUCUCGGCCUGUACCGCAAGCUGACGGCCAAGGACGCCUCCUGCCUCUUCAGAGCCAUCUCGGAGCAGCUGUUUUUGUGCCAAAUUCAUCACAUGGAGGUGAGGAAAGCUUGCGUCUCGUUUAUGAGGCAAAAUCAGCGUAACUUUGAAUCCUAUGUGGAGGGAUCGUUUGAGAAAUACCUUGAACGACUGGGAGAUCCAAAGGAAAGUGCUGGCCAGCUGGAAAUAAGUGCUUUAUCAGUGAUCUACAAUCGAGACUUUAUUCUGUACCGGUACCCUGGAAGGCCACCCACUUAUGCUACAGACAAUGGCUUUGAAGACAAGAUACUACUGUGCUGUUCUGGCAAUGGCCAUUAUGACUCUGUGUAUACAAAACAAUUUCAAGCAAAUGCUGCUAUUUGCCAGGCUGUAUUAUAUGAAAUCCUGUACAAAGAUGUGUUCCUCAUGGAUGAGGAAGAAUUAAGGUCUGCAGUUGAGAUGUUUCGAAGUGGUUCCAAGAAGAACAGAAACAGUGGCUGUGUAGAAAGCGAGGAUACAAACUUCGAUUGUCUGCAUGAAAAAGUACCCAGAAAUCCAUCAGGAAAGAGAGGUGAUGACUGGGAAGGCAAUGAUCCUGACAAUCCAGUGGAAGAUAAGUUCAGACAAGGCACUGAAGAAGCAAAGACUCCAGAAAAUUCCUCAAAAAUGCCUUUCCCCUACAAAGUGCUGAAGGCUUUGGACCCAGAGAUUUAUCGAAAUGUGGAAUUUGAUGUUUGGCUGGACAGCAGAAAAGAGCUUCAAAAAACUGACUACAUGGUGUUUGCGGGGAGACAGUACUAUUUAGGAGACAAGUGUCAGGUGCGUCUGGAUCCUGGAGGUAAGUAUUACAAUGCUCAUAUCCAGGAAGUUGGGCAGGAUGGCAACACGGUGACUGUUUUCAUUGAGGAGCUGGCAGAAAAGCAUACCGUUCCUUUGGCAAACCUAAAACCAGUGACACAGGUGGCACCUGUCCUUGCUUGGAAUGUGGUUCCCAGCCGAAAAGGAGGAAGCUAUCAGAAAGUAGCAGGUGGAUACUUCUCAGGAAUAGAAAUGGAUGUGAAAACACGGAAGAGAUUGCUUAAGAAAGUUCGUGGAAAGGAGGUCUUUAUGACAAUGGCUUAUAGUAGGGGCCAGCCAGUUCUCCCACCCCGGCUACAGCAUGGUGUUCCCUCAGGGCGCUCUCCUCCAGUUCACUGUUCACAGGGUGGUGGAAACAUGGCACCUUAUGGACCCUAUCAUCCUCAGAAUCCUCCCCAGAGGCAUAACCGUGGAUUUGGAAUGCCAAGGGGAUCUGCCCGAUUUAUAAACAGGCACAACAUGGUUGGCCCUCAAAUAGCAUUCUACCCCAGUCCAGGAAAGAGAUGCUAUCAGAGCUAUGACAGUUUCUCCUGCAGGUCACGUUCAUACAGCCGUAGCCGCCGUCAGAUGCAGUGUGUGAAUAAGGAAUGUCAGUAUGGGUUUGUACCAGAGAAUGGAGAAGAGCCUCAAGGGUCAGAAGAAACAAUAACUUUCUAUGAAAUUGAAGAAGGGGAUGAAACUUCUUUUCCUGCUUUAGCAGGCCAGGGUAGCCCUACUGCAAUUGUCCACAGUCCAGCAGGUUUUUGGGUAGCUAGAAGAGGCCCCAACUCAGUUCCAGCCAACAAGCAGCCCCUGAAUCCCUCAGAGGAGGAUGUAGGAGAAACAAGUGAAAAUGGGAAAUUUCAUGAAGAAUAUCUGUAUGCACCUCCAGAUCCAGACUGUGAAACGGCAGCAGUAUUUAGUUCAGCAGAACCUACAGCAAACUUGGAAGAAGGGCCAUUGGCUGUGUCACCUCAAGAUGGAGUGGCUUCCUACAGCUAUCCCCAGAAGGUGAUGGUGAACUCUGCAGUAAUUGCUACCUCCGCAGGUGUUAAUGCUGCUCCACCUACAGUCUUCUCCUCAAACUCUGCCUCCACACAAGCCAGUGUCACAACAGCUGUUCCCCCACAAACAGCAAUUCAACCUGUUCUUAUAUCUCCCACUUCUGUAGGGAGGCCAGUACCAGUUUCUUCACUGCCAUUCCCAAUUUAUUCAGCUCCUCUUCCUCCAGCCAAUGAGAUGGGAGAAGCUGGUGCCAUUCCUCCACCUUACUCUUGUGAUCCCAGUGGCAACGAUCUGCCUAGAGAUACAAAGGUCUUGCAGUAUUAUUUUAAUCUGGGAUUGCAAUACUAUCACCAGAGUUACUGGCAUUCCAUGGUCUAUGUACAGCCGGUGCCACCAGCGUCAUCUGUGGAGGCUUAUCCAGCAUAUGCUGAGCCAGCUCAUGUCCUGGAUCAGUCAGUACCUCAGCUCUAUGAUGCUGGGCGAGCUGAGGUCCAUCAGGUUCCCCUCGAUGCGCCUACAAAUGGUAACUUCCAAAACACAGAGCCUCCAGCCCUGUCCCAUGGCACGGUGUAUUACCCAGUGGUGUCAGACCCCUACAACCAGCCAUCUGCUCCAGGAUUUGACUCUUGCAUCUCUCUAGUACCUGCCUAUCACUGUAUUGGCUCGUGGCAUUCAUUAAAUCCCCCAUAUGGAAAUUCUCCACGAGUUCCUAACGCUGUAAGUUCUGGACAGCUGCACCAAGUCAGCUAUGUUGCCUCACCUAACCCUGCAACGCAUUAUGUGCAUCAAGGAAUGUAAGUCCAGGAGGGUGUGAGCUCAUUUCUUGCACUUAGUUUUUCUCAUGCCUUUUUUCAUGAACUUACAUUGUUUUGUAAGUCUUUGUCUCAGUGGGCUGGGGUGACUGAUUAAAUUGUGUUCGAUUCCAUGUUUCUUUCCAGGCUUAUGCUAAUGAUAAUCAGCUUGACAGGAUGAAGUUUUGGUAGUUCAUCUAAGGCAGCAUAGGAGAGGCGUAUACGUAAACUGUAGCACGGGGGAACACAAUGUGUGUGUUAGACUACAUAAAAAAAUGUGUAAAAACAUACUGUCACUAAGGGAAAAUUGCAUUACAUACCCGUGUGAGUGGGUACACUGUAACACUUGAACACGUGGUUCUUGUACAAGCACAGCUGCCGUUACAACCACAGCAAAAAAUUGGGUGCAGAGUUUGUUAGAGGACAGAAUUGCUGGAAAUAAGUUGGU